AUGGCAUUCUGCGACCGGUGUGACCGUUAUUUUCCCAGCGAGCGCGCGCUCGAGCAGCAUAUCGACAAUUCGAACGCGCACCACGUCUGCGAGCUCCAUGGCAAGGACUUCGCUUCUGCAUGGAGUCUGAUUCAACAUUACGUUCAGAGUCCUAUGCACCAUUAUUGCCAACGAUGCGACGAUCAUCUCAAGAGUCACAACGACCUUAUCAGUCAUUAUGAAGAGGACCACUAUUACUGCGAGACCUGCAACUCGUUCUAUAAGAACGCUGCCGGCCUACACGAACACAACCGCCAGAGGCACUGGUACUGCGCCGACUGCAGGCGUGUCUUCCAGAGCGAGAGCAACCUGAAAAGCCACUUGCGCUCUGCUAUUCAUCGAGACCGAGUCGUCUCUUGUCCAGGUAGAAACUGCAACAAGCAGUUUAUGUCCGCCGCCGACCUCGUCCUCCACUGGGAGUCCGGGACUUGCCCCUCACACGUCGACCGCGACAUUAUUAAUCGCACCGCUGUCAGGCUGGAUCGAUCGAACAUCAUUACGAACCCGAAUCGUCUCAUUGGUGGCCCAGAUGGCUACUCUCCUCCCUCCAGCACGGUCACUGCCACCUGGGCGACCGAUCGCUCCUGGAAUGGGCGCAAGUAUGAAUGCGUGCUAUGCCAUCGGGAGUACAGCACUCUCAAAGCGCUCAACCAGCACCUCGAGAGCCCUGCACACGCAGAGAAAAUCUAUAAAUGUCCUCGCGGUUGGAACGGGUGUGGGCACGAGUUCCGUACGCUCAGCGCGCUCUGCCAGCACGUCGAGAGCGAGCAAUGUGGGGUGCAUAGGUUCAACAGCGCGAUGCAGAAUGUCAUCGGCUCGUUGAGCGAUGGACUCAACAGACUCACUCUCUAA